GGCCUGGACACCGGCGGGCCCCGCGCGUCGGUGACGUGGGUGGAUGGUCUGUCUGUCCAUCAUUCCAUCUGCGCGUGCCGAGGACCGCGCGUGACAGCGACCCGCCGAGGAUGGAUAUUUUUGGGAUUUUUUUUCGUGGGACCCGCAUGGGCACGUCGCAGCACGAAGUUAUCUGCGCAACCUCUAUCUAAAGAAUGACAGAUGGGACCACGUGGUUAUUUGACCCCACCUUUCAGUGGUAAAACGUGGAGCGUCAGGUGUGCCGAGAUGUGGGUGGGGCCCGUGGACCACUGCCGUGCGGGCUCACCCAAGGACACUGUUCCUCGUCGUCGCUCUCGCGGUCUCGCCCCCGGCGGCCCCCCACGAGUGUGGCAACAAAAGGGUCUCGGUUCGGAGUUGGACUCGGAGUCGGCCAGAACAAUCCAGCGAGCUCGAAAAAAAGGGUACGAAUAGGAACCCCAAUCCAGGGCCGGAGGGCGAACGAACUCAAAAGCAAGCCGUUCCAGUCCAAUCCGCCCCAGUCCAAAUCUAAUCGCCGGGUUUAGGCACAAGGGGCGGGACGCGGCGAGGUUUAGUCGGGGUUUGUUUUGUCCCUUCCGUGCGAUUCUGCUCUCCGCGCGGGAGGCAAGUACUGACGGAAGCGAAGACCAAGGCGGAGGAGGGGGGUCCCCGGCGGUGGAAGUGGAACGCGCCGAUGCGCAAGUUUCAGGACUCCAUCAAGGCCCUCCAGGCCGACAUCGAUCACGCCAAUGCGAUGGCGUCGGAAUUCCUGAGGGACUACGACGGCUCGGUCAUCCAGAUGCGGGUGGCGUACAGCGCCGUCGCGCAUUUCCUCCUGCAGUGGACCGACUGCAAGCUCGCCGGCGCGCUCGGCCUCCUCAAGGUUAUGCUAUACAAGGUGUGCGCGGACGGCUCGUCGGCGCUUCCUGAUUGGGAGAUGGAGGCCAGCAUCAGGGAGUUCUACGGCGUCAUUUUCCCGUCGCUGCUGCAGCUUCCGAGUGGCAUCACCGAGCUGGACGACAGGAAGCAGAGGAAGCUCUGCCUGAAGAAAUUCAGGAGCAGGGAUGAGCAGCUCUCGGAGGUGGACACGGAGAGGGAGCUCGAGUGCGGGAUCUGCCUCGAGGUUAGCCCCAAGGUCGUGCUGCCCGACUGUGCCCACAUGCUCUGCAUGCGGUGCUUUGAGGAUUGGAACGAGAAAUCGAAGUCCUGCCCCUUCUGUCGCGCCUGCCUGGAGGAGGUGAAGCCGGGCAGCCUGUGGAUAUACACCGACGACAGCGACGUGGUGGACACGGAUACCUUGACUAGGGAGAACAUCAGGCGGCUGUUCAUGGGUGUGUUCCUUGCCCAGGGCCGUGUGAGACUGAGCCCGUGGUGAGCGGGGAAGUUGUGUGAGCCCAUGGAUGCCCCAGGGCCGCAAAUAGAGCGCGUUAGUGAUGUGAAGGCACUUCGGGAUCAAACAGUGGUGGAGGAUGAGUCAAAAACAAGGUACGAGUAUGGGUACAAUUUCAUACCCAUGAGUGGGUACGAGUUUUUUAACGAGUAUAAUUUUAUCUCACGUACGAGUAUAGGUAAGCACUACUUAAUGGGUACAUAUCCGUUGCUAUCUCUACACAUGCUGCCAUGGCAAACGUUGGAGGAGGGCAGCCGACCAGCGAAUUUUCUGGAAAGAAUCAAGGUAUGGCCAGCACCAUACAUCGCCAUACCGAGUCUUCUUCCCCUAGGAUCAAAGAUCCCAUGUGCAUUGAGAAAGGCACCGAUAUAGAGCUAGCCCCUAGCAUCAUGGGGACUAUCAUGAAGGCUUGUGUUGGCUCCUUCUACGAUAGUAUGCUACUAACGUCGGUGGGUGUAAGGGUGUUUUCAUGUUGUUCGAGGAUGAAGCCAUGUGUCAAUACAUAGACAUAUAUAUGUCAAGCUAAUGUACGACUGGGUUGAGAGUUCUGACGGGGUGCGCUCUAUUCCCUACAGUUGGGGCGACCCCCAUGAACCAACCUCAAGGCCGUGACAAGUAGCAUGUAAAAUCUGCUAGGGGACGGUGGUGUGAAGUGGAAGGGGGCUUCCCCUCAAGAGGACUCCAUCCAUGAGAUGAGCGAUAUUACCACAUGCCCUAGCGAUAUGCAGAAGAAGCGUUCGGGCCAUGGCAGCUAUGGCCUUCCUCCCCGAGCAAAAAGCAUUUUUGGAUGUAGAAGGGGUCCUGUUUGGCAGGUAUGAGUGGUAAUGGAUUAUGAUCCAAAUGUUUUUUUCAUAAUAAGUUACGACUUUUAGUUAAUUUUAGUUCAAAAAUAAUUAGAAAUAGAGUCUGAUCCUAACCCGAUUCGAUCCUUAAAUUUAUAAUGUAAAAUCUAGACCCCAUUAUCACCCCUAUUUGUAGGGACAUGAUGUUGUGCGAACAUUAGAACUAUGUACCUCUUUGGUUUUCACAAUCUUUGUCUUAUCGUGGCCUACGUUUAACAAAUCUUUUGGUUUUUGCCUUUUUGUGCUGGGUACGAGUAGGCUCUCUUCCAAGCCUCUGGACUUGGGAGGCACUACUGAGACCACCUCUAGUGCCAUCAAAGAUGCCCCUACAGGAGGAGAUCUAUAGAUGAUGAUAGUGACAACUAUGAAGAUUGGGGGUAGUGAUCCCCUAGUCAUAAUGUCUACAACGAUGAGCCCGACACUAAGACAGGCACAAUCUCUAGGCCUGCUAGUGAUGAGGCCUUUAUUGCAGAGAUAACGAUGUUGGUAGUGUGGGAUGCAUUGAUACCUGAAGGAUAUAGUGAGUUAUAGGCGGCAUAUCCUAAGGGUGUUGCGCUAGCAGACUCAGAUGGGGGUGAUGUCCUCUAGUGGCCCCUAUAACUAGCGAUAAUAGAGGUUUCCUUCCAAAGCUAGGGUCUACAAGGAGCCCCUACUGAUGCUAGGCCUUGGGAGGUGCUACCAUAGAGACAGGUGGGUCUAGUGCCAUUCGCAUCCAUGGGGUUCAUGAUGGGCCCCUAUAAUGGAGGUCCUUAUGUGCAAGAUUAGGUCCUACCAUAGUGAGACGGACCCAUUAGGAACAUUUUUGAAGCCUCUAGACAUGUUGAGAGGGACCUACAUGUAAAGAAAGUAUACCAUGGCCCAUUUGAUUAAUGAAUUUUGGUGUUUUAUGAUCAACAUAACCAUUUGGACUAAUGAAGUUUGCUAGUCUUUAUGGUUAUAGUUCAAAUGAUGCAGCGUGGACUUGGACGAAGGCAACAAGGUGAUCAAGGAGAUCAACACCUCAAAGAAAGACAUUAGAAGACCCAUUGAAUUCCUAUCAAGAUCAAGCAACAGUCCAAGACACAAGAUAGAAGAAGCCUAAAAUAAGAAGCAUGAAGACACCAAGAAAAUAGUACUACAUAGAGCAUCAGAUUUUGCACCAGAUAUAUGUAGUGCUAGUAUUAAAGAAAGGGCUUGAAGAUUAAGUACACUAGACAUGUAAGUGUGCAACAGACAUGUGAACCAGAUGCCAUACCAAACAUGGCAUCCAGCAA